CGUUUUGUGCGCGUCACUCUCGGUUAGCAUACAUUAGCUCCGCGGCUAGCAGAGGCGUUGCUAAGAUACUGCCACAUAGUAGCGCGCGCCGCAGUGUGAUGUAUAUCAGAAACGCUCGUCUCGGUUCACGCGCGUUAUUAACUCGUUCGGGAGCGAAUCACGGAUCUCUGAGCGUCGCCGCAUAAACGCACCCAGAUUCAGGAUUACAUCGCGAUCAUUUACAGCAAAAGCGUCUCGAGGCGCUCUGGACGAGUGUUUUGACGCGUGUCACGUGCGCAGUGCCACAUCAGCGCGUUCUUCCUGCCGGGAUUCAGUUCGCUUCCUGUCACGGUGGCCCGUUUCCAAACGGGAACACAACGGCGCUUUGUCCGGCUCCGGUUCCGCCUCUUUUCUUCUCACCUUUUCAUCGCGCAGCUCGUGUUACGCGUCUUGAGGCUGAGCAGGAACUCUGCGCGGAUGGAUCCGGUUCCGAGGCGCGGAGCGACGAUUCACCCCUGGAAUAUUCCGGUUGCAUAACCGAGAUGCGAGACCUCAUCUUUGAACUGUGACUGACUGAGGAGGAGGAUGGCGAGGAAGAGCAGUUAUAAAGAUGUGUCAGGAGUGGUGUUCGACACGCACUCAAAAAUGGUCAUGUCUCAAGGAGGAUCGUUCGAGAAUAUGAAGGAAAAGAUAAACGCCGUGCGAGCCGUGGUUCCCAACAAGAGCAAUAAUGAGAUCACUCUGGUGCUGCAGCACUUCGAGAACAGCGUGGAUCGAGCGGUGCAGGCGUUUGUGGAAGGCGGGGCCGUGGAGAUCCUGAAGGAGUGGAAUGUCACUGGGAAAAAGAAGCCCAAGAAGAAAAAGAAGCCAAAGGCACAAACUGACGUUCCCACAGACUCGACUCCUGCCGAAUUGGCUCCAGACGCUGAGUGUCAGGAAGCGGUUAAUGGUUUCCAUGCCAACGGUUCAGCAGCGGCUGAUGGUGAUUCGCUGGAUUCUCUGAGCGAGCAGCUGGACUCCGCCUCUCUGGACGCUGCCGAGCUCGACUUGGAAACGGCUGUCCCUGAGGUUUCGGAGGCCACAGCAGGUGGAGGUGUGGGGUCCACAUCAAGCCCCGCCCCUCAGCCCAGCACUGAACCUGGAGCACGACAGAACCAUCACAGAACCAGUAACAAGUCUCAAGCCAAGCCUGUGUCCAGCUCCCAUCAUCCCUCUGCACCGGUUCUGUCCAGCGACGCACAGCGAGGUCCUGCCGGCAGAAAGAUGGGGCCUAACGCCGAUCGCUCCGUGAAGGACCUCCAGCGAUGUGCAGCUUCACUGUCCCGCUAUAGAGUCGUGGUGAAAGAAGAGAUGGACACAUCCAUCAAGAGCAUGAAGCAGACAUUUGCUGAGCUGCAGAGCUGUCUCAUGGAUCGAGAGGUGACGCUGCUCGCUGAGAUGGACAAAGUCAAAGCAGAAGCCAUGGCGAUUCUGGACGGCCGUCAGAAAAGAGCAGAGGAGCUGAGAAGACUGGCUGACAAAUCAGCAUCACUGACAGAGGAGCAGCUCGCUGAACUACGAGCGGACAUCAAGCACUUUGUCAGUGAGCGCAAGUAUGAUGAGGAUCUUGGUAAAGCUGUGAAAUUCUCCCAUGAUCUGGAGCCUCUUAAGUGCAGCAUCAUGUCGUUUGGAUCAGUGUAUCAUCCUCAGACGGACUACUCCAGCCGUUCUCGUUGUAGCUCCACCUCUUCCUCAGUCACAGGCUCCGCCCCUGCCAAAGCCCCGCCUCCCUCCGAGCUCCAGCAUUAUCAGGCCUCUGCUUACACGGGCCGUCCCAGCGUGCCGCACAAACAGAUUUUCCAGGGCAACAGGCGCAUCAUUCACGGUUACCAGGGCAAUCAGCGAAAUAACGGAAACAGCCAUCCCGUGCCAAACCCCGGCCGAAGCAGCUACCGCUAUCAGGGAGAGCGCGGUCACCAGAUUGACCUCAACUCCCAGCCGACCAAUAGCAUGAGAGGCUCCUCCCACUCCUCAGGCUAUUGUUCAGAUCGACCCGCCCACAACGGGCUUCCACAGAGGCAACCGCGAACGCACUGCCCGUGAUGCCCCCCGAACACACACACACACACACAACUGUCCGAUGAAGAGAAAGUCAAGUUUACAUCAUUGGGGCUGCGGCUCAACUUCUGCUCUUCGCUCUUCUUGCUCUUCUUUCACACCUGUCUGUCACAUCAGCGUUCAGUGUUAGUCUCAGUAGUUCCUGUGAUGAGUGUUUGCUCGUGGGCUUCCUCUUUCAAACAGUCAGAGUCGAGGAAAGCGAUGCUCGGAUGAUCAACACUCGGGCAGCAGGCAGAGUUUGUUCUAGUGGACUGUGAGUAGUUCGUUAGUCACGUUGUCGAGGAUUGAAGCCGGUGUGUGGCAUCCCUGAUCGGGUGCUAAAGCACGAGUCUUCACGCUCAUGAUAUACCUCACAUUCAUGUGCUCUCAAGGCCUCAUUUCAUGCUGCGCUGAUCUUCAGCGCUUCACUUCUUCGGCUUCCUUUUUAGCCUUUCUGAAAGACUCCGUUUGGAAAGCGUCUUUACUUGAGUUUGCAUGCUGGGAUAUCAGAUUGACAAACAUCUGUUUGAUCAUGAAAGAUCUUCUGUCUAGAUUUUGCCGACAUUGAGCCCGUCUGUGUGUCUUAUUUCUGAAAGCUUCAUGUCAUGAUGAUCGGCACUCUUCUCUGCUCAAUUCUGUAUAUAUGUAAACUAUAUAUAUAUAAAAUGUUUUGUAGCCUCCGGCCAUGUAUGUAGUGCGAUUUAUUAGUUCUCUGAUUGAACUGUUAUCAAGUAACUUCUGUUCUUCCUAGUGUAUGGAAAAAGAGAGAUAGGCUUGUUUGUUAUUUCCCUAAAAUGAUCUGAUACCGCUGUAAUCAAGUGCCUUCAGUCAUGCGCUUUCACCAUCUUGUUCCUUCUGCUCCGGUGCGGACCAAAGACGUCAGAGGCCUGCUCCUGUCAUGCGAACUGCACUAGCAAACACUCAAUGUCUUUCUCGCUAGUUGGCCUACUUGCUUUUCCUUUAUUAUAAAUAAAGAAGGAUUGAUGGCAAAUGCUGAAA